AACAGUGAGGGUCUGUGAGAGCCUGUUUUACCGCAUCGAGCCAUAGAGGACAGACAGACACAGACAGACACACGGCAGAGAAGCAGCCGAACCGUUUAAGGAUUCUAAAGGAUUUCAAAGGAAUUCUUAAGGAUCUUAAAUGAAUUCUAAAGGAUUUUAAAGGAAUUCUAAAGGACUGUAGGGAGUCUGUGUUCCAGACUGAAGGUGACCAGAGAAGAAGGAAGAUUCUGAGUGCAUGUUUUCAUACAGAUCUUCAUCUUCAUCACCUUCUCCUCCUCCUCACCGUCACUUCACUGUCCUCAGCUCGUCCUCUCUCUCCUUCUGUCUGCCUCUCUCUCCUUCUCUCUUUAGUUUCUCUGUAUUGGUCUCUCGCCCCUUUUCCAUCAACACUAUGGACACCGGGAGUCCACGCAAGAUUCAGUUCACCGUCCCUCUGCUGGACUCUCACCUGGACCCUGAAGCUGCUGAACAGAUCAGGAGAAGACGGCCGACUCCUGCCACUCUGGUAGCCUCCAGUGACCAGUCCUCUCCAGAAAUCGAUGAAGAUCGCCUUUCUAACCAUUUAUACAAGCAAGCUUUGCUCAAUUCACCACGACAGAGACGGAAAGGAGCGAAAGGAACUCCCACCAUGAAAGAGUUGCAGUUUCUGGUGGAACACCACCUGCACCGGCAGCAGCAGGGCGCAGCCGAUGAGUCAUCUGAAAGCUGUUUAUCAGAGCGAACGAGUCCGGACGCUGAGCCCGGCGGAGAGGAGCUGCCAGAGGACGAAGGCAGCUGGAGCACCACGGAGAAGGAGACGGCUGAGGCUCUUGAGAAGCUGCGCUGCCAAAUGGAGGAGCUUUCGAGGGAGAGUUUAUCAGAGGCUGCAGGAGGAACACAAACUCCUCUCAGCAGGGAAGAGGCUGGAGCCGCCGUCGCCACGGCAACAUCUAAACAACAAACACAAUCAGCAGCAGCAGCAGCAGCAGCAGCCUGUCAGUCCUCGUCCACUGGGAGUCCAGCAGCAUCUGAUCCGUCCCAGAAGAUCCGCAGUGAGAGAAAGUAGAAAGAGUGGCGCUGAUUAAGGUGAACAUAGAGAGGAACCUCCGAAAGCGUUCACAGUUCUGCCAGCUCACAGAAUGAGACUGUAGACAAUCUGAAGACUUUUAUUCACUAAUCAGACUUUAGACAGUUCAGAUCACUCCUUCAUAAUCACUCACUGUUUCUAUAAUCACGUUUUAUUUUCAUAACAACAUCCAGAAAUCGUAGUUCUAAUGACGCCAGCGUGAUCUGACACGUUUCACAAUCUCCAGUCUGCAGGACGAGUCUGUGAAGUCAUGAUCUUUUUGUUUGUUUGACUACUUUACAUGCUACACUGACUGGACACUUCAUUAAGUCCACCUGCUUGUUUUUGCACUCACUGUC